AUGGAGAACAAGUUUCAUAGCUUGCCACCUCACAAAAGAUUCAGGGCAAUACACCCAGAAAACCCAAUUAAUCAUCAAGAAUCGAACAAGCUGAUUUCUUCAAGCCUUCCGGCGAAAAAGAGAAGAGAAUCCAGAGACCCACCGUCGUUUCUUACCAGUCCUGAUGCCGUCAUCUCCGCCUCCGCCGCCACCUACUGUUUACCCGCCAAAAAACGAAUCUGUGCCGUUCACCCGGAUUUUCUUCCCCCGAAACCCAGUUCUCCGUUUGAUCUCAAUCUCGAGUAUAACCCGAUAUUGGAAGAAGACAUCGCUUCUGUCACUGUAAAUGUUUCAAAGAAAGUCGAAGAAAUUGAUGAUAUUAGAGUGAAAAAGGGAGAAGAAGAAGAAGAGGAAGAUGAAGAUGGGAUUCUAUGUGCUGUAUGUCAAAGCACAGACGGAGAUCCAUCAGAUCCGAUCGUCUUUUGCGAUGGUUGUGAUCUAAUGGUUCACACCACUUGCUAUGGUAAUCCCCUCAUUAAUGGUGUUCCUGAAGGCGAUUGGUUUUGUUCUCAAUGCCAAAUCACUGAUAAAAACAAGGAUUCAUCUUGUUGCCUUUGUCCCUUCAAUGGCGGAGCUUUGAAGCCAACCAAUAAUGGCCUCUGGGCUCAUAUUGUGUGUGCAUUGUUCAUUCCCGAAGUGUUUUUUCAUGACCCAGAAGGUCGAGAAGGGAUUGAUUGUUCAAAAGUUCCAUUAAGAAGAUGGGGAAAGAAGUGUUAUAUUUGCAGGAAAAGACAUGGGUGUGCCAUCGAUUGCUCUGAGGAAAACUGUGGUUUGAGUUUUCACGUGACUUGUGGAUUGAAAGAAGAUCUGUGUAUUGAGUAUAAGGAAGGGAGAAACAAAGGCGCCAUUGUUGCUGGAUUCUGUAAAAGCCAUAGUGAUUUGUGGAUCAAGCAACAAGGAUCAGGGAAAUACAAGAUUGUUGCAAGAAAUGAAGAUUGAUAGUGCUUUUUUUUUUUUUUUUGAGUCUUUGUAUGGAAAGAUUUGUGUUUAGCUUCUUAGUGUUUUUGAUAGCCAAUAAUAGGUCUA